CCACGAAGGAAAGAAGACAAACAACUGAACUCUUAAAGAACUUUCCAACAACUAAACAGACACAAACUGAGUUGCCCUUUUCUCCUUAAUUCUCAAGUUCGAAUCAGAAACGUUAAAACCCCCAAACAGAAAAAAGAACGAUCAUCUCUCCGCAGUUUGAUGCCUUUAAGGUUUUGAUUUCUUCAACAAUGGCCGCCGAUGAGAGGCUGAUGGCUUUGAAGAAAGCAUAUGCGGAUAUCAUAUUGAAUACUGCGAAAGAGGCGGCAACGAGGAUAAUGGCGUCGGAGAAGAAGGCUCAGCGGUUUCAGCGGGAGCUUCAGGCCGGGAAAGAUGAAGCCUUGAGGAUGCUUUUGAGGCUUAAGCAGAUGAUGGAUGUUAAGAUUGCUGAUGCAGAGCUGAUGUCAUUGAGUCAGCAGAAAAAGAUAGAUGAACUCGAAGCCCAGCUUCAAGAAGCUGAGGAUAUUGUUAAGGAUCUCAGAGAAGAGCUGAGCGAAGUGCAGUCUGAGUUAGAGCAGCUACGAAAUAAACAGCAACACCCAAUUGAACAGCAAGUUUUGUCCCAUAAAGGAUUACCAGAACAGAAUAAAUCUCAACAUAAUGAAUACCUCGGAGCUUUUGACUUGAGAAAUAACCAUCAGUUUCAGGCACAUGAGAGUUUAAAAUUUUAUUGUGCAGCACCUUAUACGGGGAACGUACACCUUGGUUUUCAAGAUUUGCCCUCUAUCAUUUUGAGAAGCAAAGAGCCUGAGUUGUAUAGAAAUGGAUGUACCCAGAGAAUACGCGCAUCUGAAGGGAAUCUUUUAAAUAGGGAAUUGUCAGUCUCCAGGAAAAAGAGUAAAGAUAGGGAUGAGAUAUCUGUCCGAGAUGAUAUAGACGAUGGAGAAAUUAUUUCAGAACAUACUAGUACCAUGGAGAAUAUGGAUAAGGUCAUGAAGAAAGAAGUGCAUAACCAGCUUGGUAGCUUGCAUCUUAUCCCAUCCUUUCAUACAACAAAGAAGCGAGGUACUAGACACAGGAAAAAGAAUUUUCUUUCAUCUAUAAAUACUCCUGCUCCUGGGAUCUCUUAUAUUACAACUGAUCCAAGUUCUGCCAGAAGUAACCCUGAUUUUCAGGAAAAUUCGUUCAGUGGCUUGAGAUUAGCUAUGGAUAACGCUGAAUCCAAUUCUGGGAGAGGUGAUGCCAAUCCUUCUUCGAAUCAUAGUGAGCUAGGCGAAUCUGUUGGUGUUAAUAAAUCAGCAGUCAUAGUUGAAGAAAAAGUGGUGCCCGUGAUGCUGGAAACAUCUAAAACUAUAUCUUUAGUUGCAGCUGGAGAAACAAAUAUUAAAAAGGCUGAUUCUUUGUUGCCGAUUUCAAAGCUAAAUGAGUCUGCUGUAGCUAAUGAGCUUCACAAUGUUGGUGAAAGAGUUAUCAAAUAUACAUUCCAGAGAAAACGGAAGAGAGAAUCUUUGUGCGUCUUAGAUGGGGAUGUAUCUCCCCAUAAGGAUGGAUCAAAGGGACAGAUGCCGGAGAAACAAAGUGAUCCUGUGGAUCGGGAGAAGUCAGACUUGAAAAUAGAAUUGUCUCAAGACAGUUAGAGAUAAGUGCACUUGGCUACUCAGGUUGGUAUUAGGUGAUGUUUUACUUUAUGGAUAUUCAUUAUUUACUCUUGUCGAGUUUGGAUUAUGUUCAUUGUCUUGCAUGGCUAGUCUCUGCUCCUUGGCUUUUGUUAUUUGAUUCUGUUGCAUGCUCUCUGGAAUGAAAAUGAGGGUUAAGGGUCCUGUAGUUGUUAAAUCGGGGCCCUUUUAUAUCUUAUUCUUUGUGCGUACUGCGUAGUAGAAAUUAUAGCUGGUAGAGUUUAUUUUUGGUAACAGUUUAAGGUUGCUUUGAAACCUCUUAUUAUAGUCGUAGAAAUUAGCCAUGUUCACAUUACCAAUAAGAAUAACUUGUAUAAUAUCGCUCCUUGUGAGGUGAAUCUUUGUGCAGCACCUUCAGUGUUCUCUUAGCCUGAAUACCAACUUACAGGCUCGUUGUUUCUUCCAUUUCAAUGUGAAAUCGGCCUUUCAGAUUCACUGUAUGUAUAGUUGUUUCUGUUAACAUUUACUUAACUGAAUAGGUUAUCGUUUCAGUGUUCACUUGAACUCCUUCUCUUAAGCUUUGAAGGUGCAAUAUUUUUAAAAUUGGAAAGAGACUUCCACUUCUUUUAUUUUUUAGGUUAUCGGAUAGGUUAAUGAUCAGUUCGCUAUGGAGGUAUAAUAUCCAAAUGGAUUCUUCCCCAAAUUACGAAGUUUGUCUUACAUUUUCUCAUGUCUUGCAUUGAGUCUGAUCUGUGGGUGACAACAUUUAUUUCUGGUGUGGAAGAUGGCUUCUAUAUCAAUUUAUCUUGGUUUUUGAUUGGUGCACAAGUUCUGGAAUGUUGGUCCCAAAUUACUGUGUUUCCAUUCUCUGUAGACUUUAAAUGGGGUACUCUUUAUUGUAAAGUGAGUAGGAAAACUUUAUGAAGUACCUUUAGGUCUGCUGAAUUUUUCCGUCAGUGUUUUUGGAGAAUAUGGCAAAGAAAGAAAUAUUGGAGUGACUUGGAUAUAAAUUUCCUAUUUUGGCAUUGUUAAAAUUGAAGUAGUAAAGAUUCGUUUCAUGGUCUUGAAUUUGGACAAUAAAUUUGACAACGCUAAAAAUUUGCUUGUCAGUGAAUACAAUAUUUGAAAUUUAGCAUUAGGUCGGUGAAACCUGAUAUUGCAUGAUCCUUGGAGCAAGCUGCUUAACCUUGAAACUGAGCCAAAGUUCCCUACUUCAUACAAAGUGAGUUAACUUUUUCUGGAAUAACUAACUAAAUUUAUUGGUUCAAAUCCUGCAGUAUUGAGAGUUCUUAUAAUUGGAAUCAAGAGUUCUUAUAAAUUGAGACUUACAAACAAGGAGUUCGAAACAAAAUCUAUUGCGUUGCUGGUUUUAGCAAGUUUACUAUAUUAUAAAUACUUUACAUCUCCAACCAAUUUUGUUUCAUGGGGACCUACCCAGAGUACCUACCAGUUUAAUAACUUCCCCUUAAAAUUUUUUUAAUUCUAGUCACAGCAUUAUAAAUGUUCUACUGAUUCUCACCAAUCACUCCCGGAUUUUCAAGUCUCCAUUUGCACUUUAAUACCUUGCCCUUCCUAACUGGAUUCUUCUCUGUGAUUCCUGAACUGUUCAAGAUAGACGAAAGGAGGUUUUGGUAGCUGCAAUUAAUGACUAAUUUGACACCCAAAUUAGUAUAGGAGGAAUCAUGUAAGUUUUGCACUACACCAUACCUUAAUGGAAAUGCAGUUUCUUCCAAAAACAUGGCUGUCAGAUUUUUCAAUGUGCUCCGGAGGAUUGUCUUUAUAUGUUAUCUUACAUGAGCUGAACUCUCAAGAGGUCACAUAAUCCUAUGCUAUUUGGCAAAGGCAACCUUCUUUUUUCUGCUUUGUGCUCAGGACCAAUUAUAGGCUGGUGGAUCAACCUUGUUUGUAAUUAUCACAACUCUCUUUAAUUUCACCCGUUCAAGUUAGGUUUCCUCUUAGCUUUCAACUCAUAUUUAGUAAAACCAAUGUGGAAAUCAAUGUGAUGUAGCAAUAUUGUCUGGGUUUGAACUGUUUACCAUCAAAUUCAACCGCUAGUUAACUGGUAAAUUCAAUGGAUUGUUUAUCAUUUUAAUGCCUUCUAAUUCUUAGUUACACACUUGUUUUCAUAAGUUUCUGUAAAAUCUGACGGGUGUGGCUACAUGUUCACCCAUUUUGAGGGCUUUAGCAUGCAUAUGAGGUCUAAGCUAUACUAAUCAGACUCUCUUGGUUGUAUGUCCAGGAUUUCUAGGGCCAUGUUCAGUUCCAAUACCAAAAGUCUCCUUUCCAUGACUGACUCAUAUCCUUUAGAUUUUGCCAUUGUUAGAAACUAAUCAAUUAUUAGUAAUGCCAGAAGCCAAAGGUCUUAGAUUUGCUUCACUCUUAAUCUUAAGGCUGAUAUAGACACUAGUCUUCUUUAUAAAUUUUUCAUAGAGAUCUGAAUUAGUGUAAGUUAUUAUUUGCUUUUUGAAUGAUGGAAAGUUGAAGGUGGCUCGGGAAUUGAGCAUCCAAUCUGGGGUUGAUGGAAGCAAGACGUAAAUCGGCAAUAUUCUUCCCUUUUCCUCCUUUUUAAUUUCUCUUUUCCCUAAGGAAAUUCUGUGUUUCUUGUUUGUAUGUUAUUUGUUUUCUUUAUUUUCUAGGACAGUAUUGAUGUGGUUAAUUCAGUUACCAUUGCUAUUCUUGUGAACAAGUAAGUUUAAGUCAAGUUCAGUGUGACUCAAAAGAGGUCUCUUAGGGGAUUUCUAUAUGACGGACGAGAAACCCAUAUUAUAUAAAGUGGUAUUACAUUGAAGGAGUUUACAAAACACCGAAUUUUCUUGUGUCAAUGGGAGAGAUAAAUAUUUUUAAUUUUACACAAGUUUACACGAAGAAAGAAUGGUGUCAGGCCCUCCUUUUUCUCCGGGAGUUCAGAAUAGCUUCCGAGUAUUUUAGCAAGUUGAAAGUUUUGAAGUAGUAGUAUUCAAUCCAGAUAUCCUAAAUUAGUGUCUGAAUGAAAUAGUUGUUUGUCAUUGUAAAUGUGUGACAACUUAAAUCAAAUUGUGAAGAAAUCACUGUUAAGUUAGGCUGUAGAUUUCUCUAUAUUUUGGCUGGUAUGGAUUCACACAGUCCUCUUUAUUUCGGUUUGCCAUUUAGCUGUGUAUCUGUUCUGGCAUUUCCUAUGGGUGGCAAAUUUAACUCUUUUCUCUUUUCUUUGGCAGCAGAUAUCCCGGACUGAAACAAUGAAGUGACAGAUUCAGUUAUUUGAUCGCCCGCCGGGGGUGGGGGGGAGGAGAGACAAUGUGGAAGUAAAUCUGCAAAAAGAAAUGUUGUCAGAACCUGCAAAAGAAGUUUACUUUCUUUUAUACCUUUCUUUUUCUUUUUUUCUGAUGAAAAUUGAAGAUGCCCUGCAAAAUGCAUUUCGGCAUUAGAGGUUGUGGUCAUUAACUACCGAGGAAGUAAUUGUUACUAUGCAGUAAUAGUUUUCAAAAGUUUCAUUUGUGACCCAUUUAUUGUUGGUAGUUUGGCGGUGUUGGUAGUUUGGCGGUAUGUACGAUAUAAGUGUAUAUAAUAAUGCGUAUGGUGGUUGAAAUAUUCAAGUGAGUUGCUCUGAUUUAAGGGUUUGCACUUCUCAACCUUAGAUGUUUAGUAUGAUCUUCAAAAGGGCUUCCAUUGAAUUAGCAGGUUGCAUUCGAUCAGUGAGUCAAGGAAAUCUCUAACUUUUGAAUUUCCGAAGAAUAGAAUAACAACAAAGGGCAUGAUUCGCAAAUUAGUCUAGUCUUUUCAUUGAUCAAAAACCUUCCAACGAAUAGUGAAAACACUCAAUUAUACUCUCGG